AUGACAUGGGGCAGGAAGGCCAGUAGGACCCUCAUCCUAAACAAAAAGCUCUCUGAAAGGGAAAAGGUCGACAAUCUGAGUAAUAAACCCCCAGAAGGAGAGGGACCACUGGAGGAGAAAAGUAGAAGACUUUCUUCAACAGACAAAGAAAGCUGCAAUGCAUCUGUGGCGGAAGUGACAGUCGGGAAGAGGAAUGCCAGCACCGACGGCGACGGAGCAAACACAGAACAGAAAGGGAUCCUGGACCUGAACCACACCAAACGGGAGAUCCCACAGGAUUUGUCGGCAGAUGCCCUGAGAGCUGAAUUUGAGGCAAAAUAUCAGCAACAGGAUCUGCUGGGUGAAGGAGGAUGUGGAUGUGUGUAUGCUGGCUAUUGCAGAAAAGAUAAUCUGCCUGUUGCCAUCAAACGCAUACCAGAGGCCAACAUCCUCUGCAAACACGUGGACGAUGCUGGGAGGCAGCUCUCCGUGGAGGUCGCCGUCAUGCUGAGACUGCAGGAGGAAACACGUGGAUCAGUGGGGGCUUAUGCACCCGUGUCCCUACUGGACUGGUACGAUCUAGGCCAGGAGCUCAUCCUGGUGCUGGAGAGACCGAUCCCUGCCGUCGACCUAUUUCACUACGUCGAAGGCAACGGAGGCUCCUUACCAGAGGAGGAGGCCAAGAUCAUUCUUAAACAGCUGGUGGAUGCAGCAGUUGACCUCCAGGAGAAAAACAUUUUUCACCGGGACAUUAAGGUGGAAAAUAUAUUAAUCGAGACCGGCUUGGACGUUCCACGCGUUCGCCUUAUUGAUUUUGGACUGAGCCGCUUCGUCAAGAAAGGGGCCGUGUACCGCCAAUACUACGGUACCACUGCCCACGUUCCUCCAGAGUGGUACAGCCGUGGCCAAUACAGUGCCGGACCCACCACGGUGUGGCAGAUGGGGGUGGUCCUGUUUGAAACGCUCCAAACUGAUCAAUAUUUCGAGACCAGCAAAUUCAUGAAAAAGUUGCUGACAAUCAGCGAGACGCUGUCCGAAAAUUGCCAGAAUUUCUUGCGAGCGUGUUCCACUGAAGACCCCAAACAGCGUCCUACCCUGACACAGAUCAGGCUUCACCCAUGGCUAAACUAA